UCUCCUUGCCGCGGGGAUGAGGCUUAAGUGGUGGUUAAAUCCCCCUCGGGAAUCUAAUCUACUACGAACAAAGAGGGAAGCUCCAUAUGGAGAUUGAUUGGCCACCCAUCCGCGGAACGGCGCAUGUGGCGGUCAUUCAAUCAUCUAUUUGGAGAGUACCGCACCAACGAUAGCCCCUGUUCUCCUUACCUUGAGAUCCUAUCAUAUCCUUUCCUUUCCCCCCCUAAUCCAGGGUGUUAUGCGUCGCCGUGCCCAUUGGAUGGUUUGCAGCCAGGGGUAUCCGGCUGUAUUAUAACGGUGCGCUCCUGAAACUGGGUCACCUCAGGAGCUAGAAUGACCUUGCCACGGCAGAGGGGACUUCCGUGGUCGACGUUUCCCCUUUCCCCUUAAAAAUUUUGGUCUGCCACGCUCGCCACGUCGAGCAGUGCAGACGAUCAUGAAUACAAAAAUGAACAAAAAAAAUCAUGCCUCGGAUAAUCGAGAAUCAUCUAAAUCAAGACCUAGCCCCUCGGGAAUGUUAUGUCUUCCCGCGGGAAAUACGGUAAGUACCGGCGGUGUAGAGUCUGUGGCUAAGCCAAGGAAUUGCCUUUCAGGAAUUGCCUCCACGGGAAUGAGGUCUCUUGCCAACCGCCAGAUGAAGAAUGCCGACCCUGCCAUAAGACAAGUUGGUGAUGAUAUUCCGUUAACAUCUGGUGCUGGUAAUAUAUCCUCUCUCGUAAAUAAGUACUCAGGAGACAAGGGCAACUCUGUCAAAAGACAAGCUGGCCUUGCCAUUCAUGCCACUCCAAGUGGCAAAGGAACUUCGGAAGUAGUAGCACUUAAGGUGACGUUGGCAGAAUUGAACCACAUGGCUAAGCCAACGGCUUCUGAUGCUCGUCCCUUUAACACUACUAUCACCGCAGCCAGUAGCUACCCCCGGAAGCAUAUUAGGCCAUCAAGGAGGUACUACCGUAUCAAAAGGUCAGCCUUCAGAAUCCUGGAGAGAUUGAAGGACAAAAAAGAGGAUCUGACCGAGAAACAAACCGACUCCAAAGCGUGGGCUGAAUCCUUCAUCUCCGAGGACCGGAAGAAGGUCAAAAUGGACUUUGCACAACGAAAGAGCAAGCGGUCUAAGGAAGGGGUAUCGAUUAAAGCCAAAAUAUCAAAGGUGGCACCAACCCAGAUGACCAACGGAGCCAACAGGGACACAAAGAGGUCUUUCGCGAAAACAGUUAAAGAAUGCUGUAUCAGGGCGGUGAUAGAUCGUAGUUCAUAUGAUGGUGCGAUCUCGCAAGCGAACUGGGAUCUGGUAAACAUAGGUCUAUGUAAGGUCUACAGGGAUAUAUUGAAUGAAAAUCCAGGAUCUCCACCGAGUUGCUCGGAUGCGGGAUGGUAUCAAUCACAUAUCAAAUUGAUAAGAUGCGCGGAUCAACGGUCUGCGGAUCUGUAUACUCUGGCCAUUAAUCGCUUAGGGCAGCUCUGGCCAGGUGCCUGCCUCGACGUGGUCCUUCGGGAAGACAUACCUAAACGGCCAAAGGCCAGAGCCUGGAUUCCAGACUUCCAUAUAGAUCCCGAAGAAGUUUUGGAGUUAAUUAAACUGGGCAACCCCGAACUACCCACCAGCGGGUGGAAAGUAGUGAAGAUUGGCCAAAGCGACGGCAACCGAAGGCUAGCUGUGAUAAUUCUCAAUGAAGAAUCACUGACCCCACUUGCCAAGCAGAAAUGGAGGAUUAAUUAUGGCUUCCAAGCUUUGACUCUCCACCUGCAUAGGCGAGAUGUAGUCAACAAGGGCACCUAAUCCUCAGAAUAACGAGGGCGGCUUCGGCUGCAACAAAAAACCAACCGGAUGACGAGGUAGCGUCCUACUCUGAGAUGAUCAUCGAACUCUUUUUGAAGGUUACUCUUGACGAUGCGACAGUCAAUACUCCGAGCUAUCUAAUACUAUGGAGGAUUUCCUACCAUUGGCUACCAGCAAUACAUGUAAGGUGUCACAUGCCCACAAAAAGGCGGCUUCAGCCCCACUCAUUCUCCAUCUCGCUAAAAGAGAAGAUAUCGCGCUCAUCUAAAAACUUUGGCUCACAAAAUUUCGAGUCUGCGGAUUGAGCAAUAAGGAACAUAUAAACUGGUCUAUGUCACCGGCAAAGAUGUCAUCAAAGCUGUGAAAUCUUGUGGAAGGACGAUAUAGCACACGAUGCUGAAGAGCAACUCAUAAGAAUAGGGUUGUGAUGUUUUUUCGAAUGUCUGGCCACAUAAAGUUGGACUUGAUCAGUUUAGACGUAGCACGUACGCCUGGAUGCGAUAAACGACGUAUUUCUGUUAGUAUAGCAUCAGAAACUCGUUCGGUACUUAAGGACGAACUGUCGAAACUGAGGUGGUGUCACACAUGAGUUGGCUGUCACUGUUACGAAUUAAGAAAAAAAAAAAACACUUUAGAAUGAGCGAAUUUUUCGGUGUGCCUGAAUCUUUAACAAAUAGAAAGUUGCUUGUUGCGAUUUUAUUUUCGGACGAGUUUCGUAUGUCGGGCUGGAAUUGGUCGAUGAAGUCACGACGUAACACUUGGGUCGAACACAUGAUCAAAUAUCGAAAGUGGCACACUUUAUGUUACACAGCAUUUAAUUCGCGGCCGUUUGUGUGGUAUUUCCUGUGCGUCUGAGUCUCCGUUUUGGUGUAAUGAGGCGCACAGUGUGUCGGUAGCAGAAAAAAUUGUAAAAAAAUUGACAUUCACUACUCGAAAAAUAUAAUUUGCACUUUAAUAACUAAUAGAUAUAGUAAAACAAAUUUAAUAAAAUUUAUUAACUAAUAUAUUUCACAUAUACACCUGGCAAGCAGUGUUAAGUAUAUGUAAAAUUUUCGUAUUAAAAAAUAAAAAAAAUCAUAUAAUGUUAUAGCUUCUGAAAGGUACGACUGUUUAACAUCACUGCAUUAUUUUUAUUUUCUUCUUGCGUCUGAUAUAUUUGUAGUAUCAUUACUUUAAGAACAAAUUUUUUUCGCAUAUGCGCUACCUUUCAUUUAAACUUUCCGACGCAUUUAAAAAAAAUUAUAUUUUGGAAACUUCAUGUACUAACUGUAAAAACUGUAUAUUAACAAUUAAAUAAAAUGUAAACGCUUCAAGGAGUCUA